AUGGAGUGUGUGUUUGGGUCUGGCAUGGCAUUAAAGAGAGAGUGAUGAGAAAGUAUUAAAUUUGGAAUUGUGUUGUGAUGUUGGUGCAGGCCCGGCCUUCCAUUAAAUAACUCACUACACUAGUCAACUGCCUAAGUCACCAGCCAAACACAAAAUGUAAUUUGUUACUACUUCCAUUUUAAUUUUUAGUUUUCUUCACUUGAAUGUUGGAUUGUGUUUCAAUGUCUUCUGAUCUCUAUACUAGUCUCGACCUUCUCUUCCUCUCAGCCUCUCCAAUUCAUGAUGAGCUUCAAGGGAAUAAUUCUCUUCACCCCCUUACCCCUUCUUUCUGCUCUUUUUCUCCUCACCAAGACCACACCCUCCUUCAUCCUAACACUAACACACAAGUCACAAGUGAGGAAUGCCAAAUGAGUGCCUACAAUCACCACCCUCUUUCUCAUGCUUAUGAAACUGCAUCAAACUUCAUACAUAGGAGCUUCAGCUGUAACUCUUUUGAGGGGAACACCUUCGAAGCUCACCCUCACACUUUCAUGCAAUGGCACUCCCCGGAAAACACUUUCUUCACUGGACAAAUCAGGAGGGUCUGCAGUACAGGAGAUUUGCAGAGCGCGAAAGCAACAGAUGUGUGUCGAACGGAGGAAGGCAACUUGAAAGUAGGGCGUUAUAGUGCCGAAGAAAGACAGCAGAAAAUCUCAAAAUACAGAGCCAAGAGAAGCCAGAGGAAGUUCAACAAGAUUAUUAAGUAUGCAUGCCGAAAGACACUAGCCGACAAUCGAACCCGCAUACGUGGCAGAUUUGCACGUAACGAGGAAAUCAAAGUCUCUUCUUCAACUUCAACCAUAGAAGAAUGUGAAGACGAGUUCUGGGUUGAAUUCAUUGAAGGAUUAAAUGACCAAGUGAUGGGUUAGUGUAGACUGUAGAGACUCUCUGUCUCUGCCCUUUGGUUUGGCUCUUAACUCUUACGUCGUUGCCCUUUUUGUAAGCAAAGGAAACAAAUACCAAAAGCCUUUUCACUUUUAACUUUUUCCUAAUUUAUUAAUAAAGUCGCUUUGUUGUAGGAAGUCAAUUGUAAGUUGGGUAGUUGGUUGGAGUUGGAGGUUGCUUCCACUUUUCUUUUUUUCCCUUCUUAUUUGUAGUCUUUGAUUUUGAUUUCGAUUUCACUUUCCUAUUCUUGGUUUCCAUUUGUUCAAUGUAUAUAAACCAUAUGUAUCAUAUUCAAUAAGGUGAUGUAAUUUUAUAAAAUAUGUAAACAAUAAGGAUAUUGCUUUAUACUAUUCUUUUAUAUCGUA